UUUCGAAAAGAUCACAAUCAGACCGGAAGUAUGGAGGAGUUCCGCGUUUAAAGCAUAAAGCUAGCUUCAGACAGACUGAAGGAGCUCACUGUAGAAGAGGGUCUAACCGCUGGCUUGAAAUCUAAAACAUGCUGACUUUACUGGCGGAAAUGUAAAGACUUUAUUCGGAGAAGAGGCGACAGAAAUAACCGUUAAAAGAAGGCCAGAACAGCUGAGGCGCAAUGAGCAGCAGUCCUGCGUCCGUCCAGAUGGACGAGGCCAGGAGAAGAGCCCAGUCUCUCCUUUCGUCCUCGGGUUCAGCUCAGGAAGUGAAGGCCGACGUUCAGACGAUGGCCGCUAUCGAGCUGCCUCUGUCGGAGAAGUACCGCCACGUCUCAGCUGAGGUUAUGCUGAAGGAGAACUCGGCAGGUCGUAACAAACAGGAGGUCCUGGAGUCUUUGAAUCGAUUCAUCAAAGCCUUGAGCAUCCUGGAGAAGUAUGGCUGUAACCUGACCUCUCCCACCAGACCCAGAUACUGGAGGAGUGUCAAGCACAACAAUCCUGUUUUCAGGACUACAGUGGAUGCCAUCAAAGGAGGCCGCAGAGUCCUCUAUCUCUACGGUUACACUAACCAGCAGGUCGACGGCCUCAGCUUUCCCGACGAAGUCGAGGAUCCGGAUACUGAAAAAGUCGCAGCGGUGACGCUGGAGGUCAUGACGCUACGCACGGAAGUGGAUAUGAUAGUAAAGGGCACUCAUCCUCACCUAGAACACUUCAAAGAAAUCAUCCCAUUCGUCAUCCCAAAGGCUCAGAUGGUGACUGACUCUGUGGUUAAGCUUCCCGUAGAGGAAAAGCAGCAGCAGCAGCAGCAGCAGCAGCAGGGGGACAAACCUCUGAUCCUGCCUCUUCCUCCUAAACCUGCUCUGGUGCCAAAACCAUCAGCAGGCUCUGCUGCAGUGAGCGGGUGCAGUUUGUGCGGCGGAGACGCGUCUCUGUUUUGCUCGUCAUGUGACAAUCCACAUUUCUGCGACGCAUGCGAUGACCUCUUCCACCGACACCCCAACAGAGCCAGUCACAAGAGGGACAAAUUACAGCAAACCAAACAAAACACCUGCACCAUCUGUGGAAUUUCUGCUGUCCAUGCUCGUUGCGCCACAUGCCUCCAGAGGUUGUGUCUGAAGUGCGACAAGCUGUACCACUCCCACCCUGAUCGUAAAGGGCACAACAGGACCAUUACUACACCUGCUAAAACAUCCAGCCCGUCUCUGUCCCCGUGGGAGUGCUCUCACUGCACUACAGUGAACGAGAUGCGAGCCGUUCUCUGCACGACCUGCGAACGGCCUCGACUCGCCACAGCUGUGUCCACUGUUCUGGAAAGCACCAUGUCACUUCCUGCAUCGCCGAAUGCAGAGUGGCAGUGUAAGAGCUGCACUGUGAUGAAUCAGGGCAGCAGCAUCCUCUGCGAGGUGUGUGAGCGCCCCCGUCUGGCCACUCGCCCUCCGGUCUCCUCUGACAUGUCCAUCCUCAGAUCUCUGUCUGACGCAAAGCAGUGGACCUGCCAAUUCUGCACCUUCGCUAACACCAAGGCCUCCACAGUGUGUGAGAUGUGCAACAUGUCCCCUAAAGAUUCUGGUGGACUUUCUCUGCCCCAGUCUCUCCAGCAGACGCCGUGCGGACCUAAGGACCGGCCACAGCCGAAGCCCCGAGUCAACCUGGAGCUGAAGAGGCAGAAGACGAUGAAAGAAGACGGGCUCGCUCUUGUCCGUCACAUCAGAGAAGCAGAAAAGCGAGGCAUUAGCCCAGAGGAGGUGUACGCCGCUCUGGGCGCGUGCGGUGGCAGCAACGUUAACCCCUGUGACUGGCUGACCUCAGAGCUGCCUCACCUGCUGGAUGAAAUCUGCGCCAUGGCCGCCUCAGUCCAACUGAACUACAAAAUGGGGCGUGUCGGGACGCAGCCCGUGCUGGAGAGAGACGGAGGCGAGUCCGAGAAGAGCGGUCCGACCUCCAUAGGUGACAGCAUGAAGCUGUCCAGAGCUGAGGCCAAGCUGGCGUGGCUGAAAACAGGAGGAGAAACCGACAAAGCCGUGAGAGAGCUGCUGAGAGACCGCAAAGAAAAGAUGAAGGAGCUUCACUCUCUGGGCUUCCAAGAUGUGGCCCAAUGCGAGGAGGCCCUGCGGCAGAGUGGAGGUGAGAUGCAGGGGGCUUUGUCUCUGCUUCAGCGCCCCCUGCUGGAAGCUUUCCACCAGCGAAUCUGGACAGCCCAGCCCGAGCCGCCGAUUGAUCCCGCACACCCAGACAAACAGAGGACGUGCAGGCGGCUGCUGGCAUUGUAUGACCUGCCCAGCUGGGGGCGCUGCGAGCUCGUCCUGUCGCUGCUCCAAGAGCCGGGUGUCAGCUACUCCCUGGAGGAUGUGGUGCAAGCCGUGAAGGAGUCACAUGACAGAGAUUUUAUCAGGCGUCUCCUCAACAACGAGUGCCCCAUCUGUCUGAGCAUCUUCCCCCGCAGCAAGAUGCAGUCUCUAACGUCCUGUCAGUGCUCGGUGUGCCUCGAAUGCUUCAAGGCCCACUUUACCAUCGCCGUGAGAGACAAACACAUCCGAGACAUGGUGUGUCCCAGCUGCUGCGAACCCGACAUCAACGACCCAGAGAAGCUGGACAGCUACUUCUCCACGCUGGAUAUACAGCUGAGGGACUGCCUGGAGCCUGAGGUGUACGACUUGUUCCACAAAAAGCUGACCGAGCACGCUCUCAUGAAAGACCCCAAGUUCAUGUGGUGCUGUCAUUGCACGUCUGGGUUUAUCAACGAGGGAGACCAACUGAAGGUCACAUGCCUGUCUUGCCACAAGAGUUUUUGUGCUCAGUGCAAGAAACCUUGGGAACCUCAGCACCAGGAUGUGUCCUGCGAGCAGUUCCAACUGUGGAAGAGGGAGAAUGACCCGGAAUACCAGAGACAGGGACUGGCUGGCUAUCUGAGAGACAACGGAAUUACAUGUCCUCACUGCAGGUUCCAGUACGCUCUGACGAAGGGCGGCUGCAUGCACUUCAGCUGCUCGCAGUGCAGGUACCAGUUCUGCAGUGGCUGCAACAACCCCUACCACAAGACUAAAUGUAAGCCUGACUGCUCUCUCAAUUGCUUGCACGCUCAUCACCCUCGAGACUGCCUCUUCUAUCUUAGAGACUGGGAGCCUCCCAGACUACAGGCGCUUCUACAGAGGAGCGGUGUGGAGUUCAACACGGAUCCCUCUAAUGGAGCUCAGACCGAUGAAUGUGGUGUGAUGGAGCAGAAGGAUGAAGGCGGUCAGCAGGUGGAUUCACCGUGUGGCAUCAAAACACAGCCGGGACAAGCUGGACUCUGCGAUAAGCACUACAGGGAGUACCUGGUGAGCCUGAUAAACGCUCACUCUCUGGACCCGGCUCUGAUCUACGACCUCAACGAGGUGAUUCGGGCCUGUGAGAGGUACCAGGUGGACGUACAGCGAGGAGAGGGCGAGGAGGACAACGCUUACCAAGUUCGACUGCUCAAGAAACUGAUGGAGGUUCCUCUUGGAGAAAAAGUUCCUCGAAACAAAUGAAGACUUCCAGACUUUUUUCCACCCAGAUCCACAUCAGAGGAGUGUACUGUGAAGCAAGCUCAACAAAGCUGGGCUUUCUCCGCUUUAGCUGGCUUGACAAAACCUAAACUCCCAGUGAGAGAUAACUGCUGCUUCUCAACUUUCUCUGUUAAUGGAAGCUUUCUGGUCUGGGCUCACAUUAAAGGUGGUGUUUGACGCAUUA